ACUUGAUAGCCAUCUACCGUUCCCAAGGAUAAUACAUAAUGAUUCUAGAAACCAGGUAUUAUUCACACAAAGGACAAAGGAUUUGGCUGGCAACAUCAUUUUAAAAGGUAUCAAAGAGCAGUGCAGUACCAUGUCUGAAAUACUGCAACUGUCAAAUGGAUUCCAGCAUUAAACGAAAAUAUUUUUACAUUUUUGCUUGUUUGUUUGUUUUGAAGGCAGAUAACAAGCAAAACAGAGACCAUGAAGAUCAAAAGCUUUGGACUUCUUUGUGUGUUGAUUCUGGUUGCCCAGAUGCUACUAGCCAACUGUGAAAGACAGAAGGAAAGAAAAAAGGGAAGACAAGGCAUAGAAGACAGUGGGAAAAAACAAACUGAAUCUAACGAAGGCAGUGAAAAAGGGCGGAAGUCAAAAGGAGGAAAAUCAUCUCCUAAAGGCAAGUUUAAAACCAAAGAAAAUGCUGAGUGCACCUGGGCAGUGACUGACACGAAUGCUGCUGCUGUGUACAUAGAGUGCAAGCAUGGGGACAGCAAGUUCUGGUGUGAAUUCUCUGGAGACCCUUCCACCUGUGCACAGUACGCAGCAAACCAGAAAUCCUACUGGAAACAAGUCUCCCGAUCCCUCGGGAAGCAGAAGCAGAUCUGUCAAGACCCCAAAAGUGUCCUAAAAUCUAAAGUAUGUAGGAAAGGCCCACGAAGUGCUCAUCUCAAGCUGACCCACUCAAGCCUGCUAACAUCAGUGGGUCCUGCAGAAGGGACAAUUCAUCAUGCAAAAGAAGUUGUUCAGACUCCAGCAGCUGCCUCAGUGACUGAAAAAAAGCUAGAACACAGUCGUCAAGACUGUGUUGAAGAUAUAGAUUAUAUUGAUCAGAAAAAGGUGGCUGAGGAAUACUGUCCAGAAAGCUUGCUUUCUUUCUGCAACUUUUUUAUCACAAUGGUCCAAGACAAAAAAUGCUGAGGAAGUGUUUCUAAAGCUCUGUAUCAUCGAAGUCCGGUCUCAUCCAAGUUAAAGCACGCUAUUCCAGAUUUUAUUCUUAUGUUAUAUAGUGUAUAUAAGAAAAAAAAGGAAUAUAUUUUUCUGGUUUUGUAUAUACACAGCAGACUACACUCGACAUAGUUGAAGAUGUUAUUGAUUUUAUUUGCACAUACACUGCUACACAGAUGUUACCAAUGGAUGUUACAUACUCUACAGAGAAGUGUAUAAGUAGUCUCCUCGCCCCUUUUUGAGCUGUGCUAGCCAAAAUGAAUUUAGCACUAUGCACUUCUUGGUUAUGUACAAUAAUUUUGACCUAAAGAUUAUUAAGAAAAAUAAACUUCAAAAUAUAUUCAAAAUAUUA